CCUCAAAACACAGGGCUAUGUGCGAGGAUAAAGUGCAUCAGUGCGGGGACAGCCAGCCUAGGGGGCACUUCCGAGCAGGCGGAGUGAAGCGAGAAACAAAGAGAAGGGAGGACAUGAGCGAAGGCGAAGGGAGGGAGCAGGGGAUCAGCUGAGUUCAAUCCCGCCAGGAAAGCUCUUCCCCUCCGCCACAUCCCCGAGAGGCGCAGGAACAGGUUCCCCCCCGCCUCUUUGGUCAAGAAGACAGAGUGGUCAAGAAUCGAGUGGCCCCAUGGGGAAAGGGGGCGAGCAAGGGGGGGAUUCGGGGGAGCCGGCGGCGCAGAUCCGCUUCUACACCUGGGAGGAGAUCCAGAAGCACAACCUGAGGACGGAUAAGUGGCUGGUGAUAGAGCGAAAGGUUUAUAAUGUCACCAAGUGGGCAAACAGGCACCCGGGGGGCCAGCGAGUGAUCAGCCACUGCGCCGGCGAAGAUGCCACGGAUGCAUUCCAGGCCUUCCAUAUCAAUCCCACCUUGGUGCAGAAGUUUCUCAAGCCGCUGCUUAUUGGAGAACUUGCGCCGGGGGAGCCCAGCCAGGACCGAGACAAAAAUUCCCAGCUGGUGGAGGAUUUCCGGACCCUGCGGAAGACAGCGGAGAACAUGAACCUGUUCCGAGCCAGCCCCUUGUUCUUCUCCUUUUACCUGGGCCACAUCAUCGCCAUGGAAGUUGUGGCUUGGCUCAUGGUUUUCUACUUUGGGACCGGCUGGAUCACAACCCUCAUCCUUGCUUGCAUCCUUACAACUUCCCAGGCCCAGGCAGGGUGGCUGCAACAUGAUUUUGGACACCUCUCUGUCUUCAAGAAGUCUUCCUGGAACCACAUUGUCCACAAGUUUGUCAUUGGACACCUGAAGGGCGCCUCUGCAAACUGGUGGAACCACCGCCACUUCCAGCACCACGCCAAGCCCAACAUCUUCCAGAAGGACCCCGAUGUGAACAUGCUGCACAUUUUUGUCCUGGGAGACACGCAGCCCGUUGAGUAUGGCAAGAAGAAGCUGAAGUACCUGCCUUACAACCACCAGCACGAGUAUUUCUUCCUCAUCUUCCCGCCUCUGCUCAUCCCCGUGUAUUUCCAAAUCCAAAUCAUCUCGACCAUGAUCAGGCGCAGGUUCUGGGCGGACCUGGCCUGGGCCAUCAGCUACUACCUGCGCUACUUCAUCACCUACAUCCCGUUCUAUGGCGUCCUGGGAUCCCUGUGUCUCCUCACGUUUGUCAGGUUUCUGGAGAGUCACUGGUUCGUGUGGGUCACCCAGAUGAAUCACAUUCCAAUGGAAAUUGAUUCUGAGAAGCACAGAGACUGGCUGAGCUCCCAGAUGGCAGCGACCUGCAACAUUGAGCAGUCCUUUUUCAAUGACUGGUUCACCGGGCACCUGAACUUCCAGAUCGAGCACCACCUGUUCCCAACAAUGCCACGGCACAACUUCUGGAAGGUGAAGCCUUUGGUGAAGUCAUUGUGUGCCAAGCAUGGAGUCCAGUACGAGGAGAAGCCUCUCGGGAAAGCGUUUGUAGACAUUGUUGGGUCCCUAAAGAAAUCUGGAGAUCUCUGGCUGGAUGCUUAUCUCCAUAAGUGAUCACGAAUCUUUCUGGGGAGGUGUGAGUGACCGGGAGGGAUGGGGAGGGGGGGGACGUGGGGGGUAUCACACUUGUGUCUUUUACUCUCAGAUCUCAGUCUAAAUCCAUGGUUGGAGGGGAGUCUCCUGUCUUGUCAGCUGCUUCUGGUGCAGGCCCAGGCAACCUGUUUAUUCCAGGCAGAUUUAAAAUGUGCUCCAGAGGGUGGAAAGCGAGGCCAGCAGUGCAAGGAACAGAAGGUUGGGAGAGGAUGAUGAUGAAUGUUUAAAAAAGGGGCAUUAAUAUCUGACCUUGACCUUCUUUUCACAAGAUUCGUUCUCAUUCUGCCUAAAGCACACAAACCCUGAUUAACACCUAAGGGUUUUAGGCCUCAGUGAGUGUUUGCAAUCCAAGGACACCCCUUGAGUGAGCUCAUGCCUCUUUCCUAUGUUUGUGUGAAAGAGGAUUCACAUCCCAGGGGAGUGGCAGAACCCAGCUUUCUCCUUUCCCUGCCUCCUUCCCUUCUCUAACCAUAGCAUCCCUUUAGUGCAAGCUGUGACUCUGGCCCUGCACAGCUAACCCCUAACCAUAGCAGGGUUAACAUAGCCGUGUUUUUAGGAUCAGCCCCUCUUCCCAGGGGCCGGUAGAUGAUUUCUGGGUUUAAACAGCAAAAUUCAUCCUUUAGGAGAGGGUCUGUUUUCUCUUUAAUGAGCAGCAGGUCUGGCACAGCGAAUUGCCAGUAAAUCACACAAAAGCUGAAAACAAUCAUAAAGCAAAACGUGCUAAUUGCUCCUCAGUGCUCCAGGGGAACCACAAAUGGCCUUUUCACCAUCCUGCCCUCCAGAAACUCAGAGUUCUGCCUGUCUGCACAUGCCUGGCAGGCACCGAGCCUCUUCCUGCCUGCCCCAGGCCAGGAGCCAUGGCACUGGUCACCCUUCCCUUGCAAACAAUCACAGGAGAAAAGGAAUUCUCCCUGCAAACGGAGGAGCUGCUCAAACACUCAAUCCCAGCUGGAAUCAGCCCUGCCCAGGCUGUGCUGCUGAUGUGAGACCUUUGGAGAACCCUCUUACAAGUUGUCUAAAACUCAAGUUUCUGCCCAGCACCUAAUUGCCAAAAUUCUCUAAUGGAUUAUCAGGAGAUAUGGUUGAGCUUCCAGGUGCUUCUGGAACAGGUAACCUGACCCCAAAUAAAUCCAGGGGUUCAGGAUCAGCUGCAGCACAACAGAAGAGAUAUUUGGUUUAGGACAAAGGGCCAUGGUUCCAAAAGCAGCCUCCAGCUCCAGCAUUUGCCUCGGUGCUCCCUGGAAACACCAGGAAAGAGACUUUGGUUACUUUGCAUGCCUCAUUACUUCCCUCAGCUCUGAAACUGGAUCCUCUCUAUCAAAUCCCUGAAUCCCAGCAGCAUCCCACAGAAUCAGCAAGGUGCUUCAUCAUGAAGAGAGACGACUCUGGGACUGUGGCCAGCAUUGCAAAAAAAAAAAAAUGUAAUCCCUCCCUGUCUUCAUUGGAGAAUAAAAUGAGAUUUUAUCUUUGCUUACA